CCGGCAGCAAAAACAUCCCGGCGCAUUCCUGGGGCGCCCGGGGCUGCCAGCAUCUGAUUAGAACCAUAUCUCCCUCGCGCCGGGAGUGGCCGCGCGGCUCCCAGGCUCCCGGCCCGCGGCUAUUUAAGCGGAGCCCACCGAGUCGGCGGCCGCUGCAGCCGGGGAGGCUCCGGGGCGGCCGGGCGCGGGACCGUCAUGCGCGCUUCGCCCAGGCGCUAGCUGGCUAGCCGGUGUGUGUCAUAGGUUAUGUUCAUUUGAGAACUGCCCAUUGAGAAUCGCCUGGUGUCACUGAGUGUCUGUUGGUGCUUGGGUUCGCUGCUUGUCUUCUUGCCAUGUCUAACGAAGUAGAAACAAGUGCAACCAAUGGUCAGCCUGACCAACAGGCUGCCCCAAAAGCUCCAUCGAAGAAGGAAAAGAAGAAAGGUUCUGAAAAGACAGAUGAAUAUCUACUGGCCAGGUUCAAAGGUGAUGGUGUAAAAUAUAAGGCCAAGCUAAUUGGUAUUGAUGAUGUUCCAGAUGCAAGAGGAGAUAAAAUGAGCCAAGACUCUAUGAUGAAACUUAAGGGAAUGGCAGCAGCUGGUCGGUCUCAGGGACAACACAAGCAAAGGAUCUGGGUCAACAUUUCUCUUUCUGGGAUAAAAAUAAUUGAUGAAAAAACUGGGGUAAUAGAGCAUGAACAUCCAGUAAAUAAGAUUUCUUUCAUUGCCCGGGAUGUGACAGACAACCGGGCGUUUGGAUACGUGUGUGGAGGAGAAGGACAACACCAGUUUUUUGCCAUAAAAACAGGGCAACAGGCUGAGCCAUUAGUUGUUGAUCUGAAAGACCUUUUCCAAGUUAUCUAUAAUGUAAAGAAGAAGGAGGAAGAAAAGAAAAAGGCUGAAGAAGCCAACAAAGCAUUGGAGAAUGGAAGCGAGCCCCUAAUGACUGUUGAUGAUCAAACCAACAAACUGAAAUUGGGUGUUGACCAGAUGGAUUUGUUUGGGGACAUGUCUACACCUCCUGACCUAAAUAGUCCAACAGAAAGCAAAGAUAUCCUGUUAGUGGAUCUAAACUCUGAAAUCGACACCAAUCAGAAUUCUUUAAAAGAAAAUCCAUUCUUAACAAACGGCAUCACCUCCUGCUCUCUUCCGCGACCAAAGCCUCAGGCAGCCUUCUUGCCUGAAAAUGCCUUUUCUGCCAAUCUCAACUUCUUUCCCACCCCUAAUCCUGAUCCUUUCCGUGACGAUCCUUUUGCACAAGCAGACCAAUCGACACCCUCUUCGUUUGAUUCUCUCAAAUCUCCAGAGCAGAAGAAAGAGAAUUUGAAUAGUUUGUCUACUCCCCUGGGUAAUGGGCCCCUGAAUGGUGAUGUUGAUUACUUUGGUCAACAAUUUGACCAGAUCUCUAACCGGACUGGCAAACAAGAAUCUCAGGCUGGCCCAUGGCCAAGCCAGCCAGCAGUGAGAACUCAAAAUGGGGUAUCUGAAAGAGAACAGAACGGCUUCCAUACCAAAUCUUCCCCGAACCCUUUUGUGGGAAGCCCCCUCAAAGGACUGUCCGUAUCGAAUGGCGUAAAGCAGGACUUGGAAAGCCCUGUCCAGUCCUCUCCACAUGACUCCAUAGCCAUUAUCCCACCUCCACAAAGUACCAAACCAGGAAGAGGCAGAAGGACUGCUAAGUCUUCAGCAAAUGACUUGCUUGCAUCAGACAUCUUUGCUCCUCCUGCCCCCGAACCUUCAGCCCAGAUGGCACCCACAGGACAGUCUGCAGCCCCACAGACCAACCCUCUGGAUCUCUUCAAAACAAGUGUUCCUGCCCCAGUGGGGACCCUUGCAGGUCUAGCUGGUGUGCCAGUUACACCCCCUCAAGCUGGACCUUGGAAUACGCCUGUGGUCUUCAGUCAGCCCACUACAACGGUCCCUGGAGCUAUGCUGGGUGCUCAACCAUCAGGUUUUGGUCAACCGAUAGUUUUUGGUACAAAUCAAGCUCUUCAAGGCUGGAGCCAGCCUUCAUCUUUUGUAGCCUCAACUAAUCCAGCCCCUGUCAUUUGGGGCUCUUCUCCAUCUGUGGCACCCAAUGCCUGGUCAUCCACAAGCCCUUUGGGGAAUCCUUUUCAGAGCAAUAUUUUCCCCCCUGCUUCCAUGUCCACUCAGCCAUCUUCUAUGCUGUCCGCUCUGGCUACUCCCCCUCAGCCCCCUCCCAGAACUGGUCCUCCAAAAGACAUCCCCAGCGACGCCUUCACUGCCUUAGACCCGCUCGGGGAUACAGAAGUCAAAGAGGUGAAAGAAAUGUUUAAGGACUUUCAACUGCGGCAACCACCCAUCGUACCUGCAAGGAAAGGAGAGCAGCCUCCCGCAGGGACAUCGAGUGCCUUCUCCAGUUAUUUCAACAGUAAAGUUGGCAUCCCUCAGGAGAACGCAGACCAUGAUGAUUUUGAUGCCAAUCAACUGUUGAGCAAGAUCAAUGAACCACCAAAGCCAACUCCCAGACAAAGUGCCCUGCCAGUUACCAAAUCUGCUGAGAACGCAUUCGAGAACCCUUUCUCUAAAGGCCCCUUCAGCUCAUCUCAACCCUCAAUGGCUUCUCCUCAACCUGCAUCUUCUGAUGUGUGUAGGGACCGUUUUGGAAAUCCUUUUGCCUUCUGAACUUGGAAUGCAGAUGAGCCUGAGGAACACAAAGAUUGGCCUUAAGUGCCAAGGACAAAGCUAAUAGCCAGACCUGUCCUGACCUCUGGACUUGUCCAGCUUUGACAUAUUAUCCAUUGCCUUAUUUCUUGUUGCCUCUUCCACUUUUAAAAUGCCUUUCACUUUCUGUGUAAGCUAAAGCUAAAUUGAAACGAUGGCUUUACCUAAAUUAAAAUCUUAACUCUCUAGCUUCUAUGUAAAUGAAGUAGCUUCCUUACAGAACUUCACCUAUUACAUUCCUAGAACCUUCCAGAACACUCUACCUUUGAUCUCUGGUUGGAGAUGGAGCAAACACAAGCCCUCAUACCAUUCUAUCUUGAAUAAAUGCCCACAUCCUUUCCAAACAAAAUCAUUUUAAAGCAAAACCUAAAGAUUCUGAUAUAGCAAGGUGCCAUCUUUAAACAUACCUUCUUUCAGUCUCUUAUAGAGAGUUUUAAAAAUAAAAAUGGAGGCAAGUCUAGCUUCUCCUUAGACACUUUAGAAUCUAAUACAUCUGAUGACCUUUACAUAUGUUAUUUCUCCUCUCUCUGAAGAUUAAUCUCUCCCAAAGCCAAGGCUAUUUUCUAAUCUGCUAAUUAUAUUGCAGAAGAGGGAAAGAAAGCAUUGUUCAUUUCUCUUCAUCUUUCCCUCUGAAUCUUUUUGCCCAUCUAUUUCAUUCUUGGUUCAUAUAGCAUCACCUACCUUUCAUAAGGAUAUUUGUGGGGGCAAAAAAAAAAAAGUCAAAGGACUCACAGAUCCAGAGCCUCCUUUCUAUCUCAUUACUAGUCCAAGAGCUAGAAUGGCAAAUAGGCACAACCUGUACCCUACCCCCUACCACGGAGCAGGAGACUAUACUCUUUGAGCUGAAGUUCCAGAUGAGCAGCUAAUAUGGAGAAGAACUUGAACUCAACUCAGCAAUGAAGGAUCAUAUUCUGAAGAGCAACACAACAAACACAUCAUGAGCCUAAAUAUGACUGUGCCAAAUACAUCGGAUCCUUACUGGGAGUCAGACUAGGCCUUUAUAAAAUAACUAGAAAACUUGCUUGAAGUCCCAAUCUCAUAGCUAGUAUGAAGAAGACAGACAGGAAAUGAACAGGCGACUUAGGGUUAUUAUUGAAAAUCUAAAUAUCUGCAAUAUUUUUCCCUUUGUAACUUUGGAAAUGUUCCCAGUUCAUUUUCACUUAUAUUGCUAGCACAGUUGUGAAGGGUUCGUUCUUUCCAAAAUGAGUUUUGUUUUGUUAAUGUUGGGGUUUUUUUAAUGUUAUCUCUUAAUGCUCAGGUUUUUUUUCUUGUGGGUGUUGAUCGACCCCAUCCAAUGCCACCUUUUGGUCGAAGAAGAGAACGACUGCUCAGGAUUUAAACAAGAAGGUGGACUUGUGAACCUCUAUUGAUUCACCCCUAAGUAGUCCAAGCUGAAGUCCUGUGGUUUUAUGUUUGAUUGUAGUACUUGAUUAUUAUGGCAUAAUUUUCUGGCUGGCUUCCUACUCAGUCCAUUAGAAACACAGACUUGAAAUAGUCCUUUAUAAGUCCAAAUACUUAAAAGUACUAAACUGGAGGUAACUAUUUCUAGGUAGUUGAACUUUUUUGAAAGUGAUGAUCAGCCACACAACUGUUUUGUACAUACUUAUUUUCUUGUGCACUUUUCUGUAUGCAAAGAAAGCUAUAAAUUUACUCGUUUCAAUAAACUGGAAUGGCAUACUUU